UAAACAGAGUGUCCCUCAGAUCGGAUGUGUUCCUUAACAAUUUAAUGCAUUUAACAUUUCUAUAGAAACGUUCCCCUCUUCUCGGAAUGUGGGGUUUAAAAGUGCAUUCAGUUGCUAUUGAUUGACAGCUGCUUGAAAGUCUUCCGUUCGCUCGCGUAGCGUAUACUGUGCUCAUGAAAUAAUAUUAUGAAUUGAUCCUUGUAAAUAUAACAUGAACGAAUCCAUUUUCACAGCAGAUAUUUCGUUUUUGAAUGUGUUAAAUUUAUCUAAAACCAUUUCUCUGGAAUAAUUGUACAGAUAGACUCCGAUUGUGUCACUUUGAACAAAAAUGAGUUUUGGAGCGAGAUCGGUGUGACGAAAACGCAUUUAUUUGGGCAAUAAUCUGAGUAAUGUCAUUCGGAAGUCCACGCUAGUCUAUUUGCACUUGUUUUAUUGAAUCACGCACUUGUACAAAUGGGAUUCGACUGCAUUUCUAUCGAAAUGACCGAGGGAAACGGCAGUGGUUUCAUAUCAGCGGAAGAAAAUAGCACUAUCCCCGGAACGCCACUGUCGCGAGGAAAUUGGAGUCUAGAAUAUAUAUUCCUGGCAAUUUACUUAACAGUAUGUUCUUUCAUUGGAAUUUUAGGGAACAUUCCAGUCCUGAUCGUGUAUUUCCACAAACAGGAUCAUAUGGUCUCAAACACUUUCAUUAAAGUGUUGGCCAUCUUGGAUCUUUUGGUAUGUACUCUUAUUAUACCAUACACUAUGGUUUAUGAACUGCAUAUGGUCAGCUCAGAUGUUGCGUGUCGCUUGUUUGAAUUUUUGCGUCACUUCGCUAUUGCAUCGUCAAACAUUACCCUUGUGGCAAUUAGUGUAGAGAGGUACAUCGCAGUGUGCCACUUGGCUCGGAAGAUGUCUGUGGACCAUGUGAAUAGAGGGGUGGUUUCCAUCUUGGUCAUCAGUUGUGUAAUGGCGGCGCCCGCUAUGGGUACUUUCGCCGUCGUGUCGAGCAAGGACAUCAGUGAUAUUCAUUGUUCAUAUGACAAAUUCCAUGGAAGCAGCGGACACUUCUGCCACUUUACAUACUCGAUAAUGGGGGAGUUACUUGUGUCUAUUUACCAAGGGGUUCUAGCCCUGUCGUUCGUCGUCACGUUGGGGACUAUCAUGGUAUUGUAUAUUAUAGUGUAUUAUGUCUUAUGGAAACGUUCUAUAUUACACCGCAAGAGACACGCGCGUUCACAACUAGUGUCCGAUGUGUGUGAACUUUCCUGCAGCAAAGAACGAGUCAUAACAGACAAGACUCAGUACUUAGAGAUGGAAAACUCCAAAUCUCUCAUUGAACCAAUCGAGGGAAACUCUAUGUCCGAGAAGGACUCUGACGUGUACACCCGGGAAGACAGCGUGCAAGAGUAUACACCGCCUCCCGAAAAACCUAGACAUCGCAUGAAACACACCACCAGCGUUUUACUGGAGAGGGAGAAUCUCAGACGUGCAGCGCAUAGAAAAACUGCCAAAAUGUUGUUUUUGUGUAGUGUUAUAUAUUUGAUAACAUGGCUCCCUUUCUGGUUAGACAUAUUUGGACUAACGGGGAAUUUGCUUCUCAGAUACACGUUUUUCAUAGGAAACGCUUCAAACCCAAUUGUGUAUGGAAUUGUGAAUGCUCAAAUUCGGAAAUCGUUUAAAAGGUUGCUUGUAAACUUUGUCCAAAGAUUAUCCCCAUGUUGUGUAAGUGAGUAGUUUUUUUUUGUUUAAGCAGUACAACAGUUACAGAUAUUGUGUUUUUGGAGUAAUGAUGAAAACAAAUUAUUUAUUUAUGUGUACCCUCCACGCUUAAGUAAAGCCUUUGAAUUUAA